GCAUUGAUCAGUCUGCUGAAAGGCGAGCGGUUCAAAACCUGCGAGAGCAUCUUGAUUUACUGCUCGCGGAGGGAGCACACGGAACGGGUGGCCACGCUCAUCAGAACAUCUAUGCAGACUAUGGUGGAUCUCAAUGAUUCCUACCAACCUGCUACAAAGAAGCAAAAGACAUCUAAGAAGACAGUUUUUGAUCCUAAGAUCUGGACCACAGAAAGCUACCACGCUGGACUAACGGCCGGCAAGCGAAGAACCGUCCAAAAGGCUUUCAUGUCCGGGAAACUACGUGUGGUCGUGGCCACUGUUGCUUUCGGAAUGGGCCUGGAUAAAGCGAACGUCCGAGCGGUCAUCCAUUACAACAUGGCCAAAUCUUUUGAGAGUUACGUGCAGGAGAUUGGUCGAGCUGGACGAGACGGUCAGACUUCUCAUUGUCACGCUUUCUUGGACUCACAG